AUGGGCCAGCUAUAUCUAUUGAUACCAAUUCGAAGGGAUAGGUACCUUCUAAUGGAGGGCCCAGUGGAACAGCUAACCCUCUUAGGCUUUUUCUCGUAUUACAAGAACGCCAAUUGCGAACUUGAAGUCAAAUGCACUAGUCGAUUUCGACAUUCUUUGAUGAGAUAUUUUGUCCCUUCCGCGUUCACACCUAAAGUCUGCACCAAAUCCACUAAAUUUUUCUGGACAUUUGGUUUUAAAACCGCCGUCGGAGCGACCUCUUCGGCCAGACCUAAGCAUUGCCCCUUGGGUAUCACCACCUCCUCCUCAGACUAAUUGAUUAAUUUCACGCAGACUCUUUUACGAUCAAUGUUGUUAAUACUACGAUCAACUCUGACACCAUAUUGCGUCUGUACGACUGGUCCAGUAAGAUAUCACCGUUGCAUGGUUCUUUCAAUUGAACCCUUAACGAGAACCUCACUAAAUUGCGGAAUCACAACUUUAUUUACGGCAUGGACCCGAAUUGCUUUUAGUUGGUCUUCUUUUGAAAUUAUUUCAACCUCCCGCUGUUG